CAGUAUCAGGAAGAAGCAGUGAAAGAGGCGCUUGGGAAGCCUUUCACCCUUGUUCAGGGUCCUCCAGGUACUGGUAAGACGGUGACAGGUGUCCACAUAGCCUUCUGGUUUGUGAAACGAAACAUGCAGCAGCGACAUGACGAUAUCGACAUCGUUCUGCCAGACAGUGACGACCAGCCUAAAGCACCUCCACAAGUGAUUUACUGCGGACCCUCCAACAAGUCAGUGGACGUGGUAGCUAAAUACAUGCUUAAAAUUCCUGGCCUCAAGAUCAUCCGUGUGUAUGGCGACCGUAGAGAGCAGGCGGAGUUUCCAAUUCCUAACAAACGCCAACCACUAAAAAAUUCAACGGACGACGAAACUCAAAUUUCAAAUGAGGGUAAUGAACUGAAAGCAGUCUCACUACAUCACGUCAUUCGAAGGGAUCCCUGUCCGUUUGCCACCGAGCUUGGAGAGUAUGAGCGCAAAUUUUAUGAUGAUAGGAAGAACGAUCUCAGGACCAGUGACAAAGAAGUCGAAGAAUACCGCGAACUCAUCGGACAGGCCGAAAGUUGGGCUCUUCAAAAGUCUGGAGUCCAGAUCAUCCUUUGUACAUGCGCAGCAUCGGGAAAACCCAGGCUAACCAGAUCCUGUGACAAUAUCCAACAAUGCAUUGUGGAUGAAUGUGGCAUGUGCAUGGAACUGGAAUCCCUCGUGCCAAUCGCGUACUCAAAAGCGCGACAAGUGGUUUUGAUUGGUGACCACAAACAGUUACAGCCGGUCAUCCAAGACAACUUGGCAAUGACACUUGGAAUGAGUGUAUCUAUGUUUGAGAGGCUUUCUGAGCGAGCUAAGAUGCUAGAGCUGCAGUACAGAAUGCAAGAAGAAAUUUGCAGAUUUCCCUCUGAGUACUUUUAUGAAGAAAAGUUAAGGACAGACCCGUCGGUUCCAACCUUGGAUCGUCGUUUACGAUCCUUUUGGCCUGCUCCUGCGAAACCGGGACAGAACUUUCCAAUGGCAUUUUGCCAUGUUGAGGGAGAAGAGGAAAGCAGUUCCAUCAAGACGGCACAUAGUAAUGAACAGUCAAAGGCAAAUGAGAAGGAAGUCAGGAAAGUGUUGCAAGUGGCAAGAUCCUUAGUCUACAGAUACGACGUGGAUGCGUCAAAAGUCGUGAUUUUGUCACCUUACAGAGAACAGCGAAGCAAAAUUAGCGAGUCUUUAAAAAAAGUGUACAGGUGUAAAGAUAUCCCCGUCACAACCAUCGUAAAAAGCCAGGGUAAAUUCACUUUUUUAUGCUUUCUUUGUAUUUUGUUAACGUCUGCUUUUAACUGGAAAUCACAGGUAUCCCAAUUAAUGCUUCACAUUAUUAGCGCAGCACAUCCCAUAUAUAAUGUAUGCCGCGGUUUCCAGUCUGUAUCGAGUAUUUCUUUCUUUCACUUUUUUGUUGUUUAUUGUUGUUUUGGUUGUUGCUGUUAUUGUUAUUGUUGUCGUUGCUGUGACAAGAUCACGACUUUUGACGCAUCCACGUCGUAUCUGCAGACUAAGGAACCUGCCACUUGCAACUGA